AAUUCAAAGACUGGCACUAAUGCACAUUGCACUCGCACUCGGCAUUCUCGCAUUCUCGGCAGACGGCAAUACGGAACCAGCAGUCAGCGCCACUUGCUUUGAUGCUUUAGUUUGUUUUUCCGUGUGUCCAGCGACCACGCCGAGCCGUCCUUAAAGACUUUUGAAACCCAAAUCCACCAAACGUUCUGCAAGGUCUCUAUAGGGUAUAUUUCUGCGUUAUCAGAGGAGAUAGGCGAGAUAGCGCAAUGGACCACCCUUAUUCCGCAGAGUAUGCGAAAAGUGGAAGAUCGAAGUGUAGAGGCUGCGGCGAAUGCAUUGAACAUGGAUUGUUGAGAUUCAGCAUUAGCACCCAGCUUUCCUACUGGUUCCACAAGGAUUGCUUUUUCAAGAGGCACAAACCAGGAAAAACAGCAGACAUCGCCAAAUUCUCAUCAUUGAAAGCUGACGACAAGGCCUAUAUUCGAGCCAAUAUUGGAGCUCAACAGGGAGAUCCAGAAAUUUCUGAGCAGACCGCAAUGCUAGAUGUCUCAGAUGACGAAGAUGACAAUUAUGAAGACUUGGACAGUGCUGAAGAAGAAAGCCCGAAGAAAAAGCCAAUAAAAGCCAAAAAAGGGGCAAGACGAUUGAAAGUUAAAGUUGGGCAAAGAUCAAAGUUCAUGGUUGACUACUCCCUAUCAAAUCGGUCCACUUGCUGCUCCUGUCACGAGAAAAUUGAGAAGAGUGUGGUGAGAGUUGCUAAGAUGGAUUACACAUCCAACAAAGGCAAAGCUUUGAAUGGAAUUCCUCGCUGGUACCAUGUAAAGUGUUUUGCAAACAACAGAGACUUCUUUGAAUUUUGGGACAGUGCCGAGGGCCUCCCUGGAUUCUUUGCUCUAAAAUCUAAAGACCAAAAAGAGCUGUUGAACUCUUUGCCUGAAAUGACUCUUGACAGAGCCAAGGGUGCUGGAAGUUGGAAGAUAAAGAAGAUAGAAGCUUUUUGCUUUAAAAAGAUGACUGAGCAAUUAGCUGCUCUCAACAUGAAGGACUAUGAAAGCAUCCUCAAGCAUAACAACCAAGAUGUUCCUAAACAGGCCAGGAGGAACCACCUUCUUGAUUUGGUAAACAAUGCUGCCAAAAAUGGUGUGCCAGACAAAUGCCCAAAGUGCAACUCGGAUGGACUAAUCCAGCAAGAUGGAUCUGAUGUGUUUGAAUGCCAAAACAUGAAAGAUGAGAUCGUUUGUGGUUACAAGAGCUCUGACCCACCUCGUACAGGGCUCAAAAUCCCAGAGAAAUUGAAAGAGGAAUUUGAAAUUUUGAAAAAUUACAACUUUGACAUUGCUGAGAAAAAGCAACCAGACCAGGCUACUGCCACCUGCUCAUUCUCUCUUAAUGCUGAUGCUCCAGAAUUUGUACCAAGACCCAAGCCUGUGGUCAAGAAGGGCCCAUUGAGUGGCAUGGAGUUUGCUGUCAUUGGUGUUCCUGAGGCAAAGGAGAAAAUUCUGCAGCUUGGCGGAAGAGUUGUUACUUUCUUUGACAGGAAAACUAAAGCUGUGGUCACAAAUGAAGACAGCAUCAAGAAGCUUCAAGCAAACAAUAAGAGGCGAUUUUACUACAUCGAGGAGCACCUCACCCCUGUUGUUGGAAUUGAGUUUCUAGAUCACGUUGGAAAGGGAAAGAAUUUGAAACGUUUGCUACAAGAGUUUGAUAUGUCUGCCCAAUGGCUCUAUGAUAUUGACCCUCACAGAUUUGGAUUUGGAAAUUACGGAGGCUAUGGGUAUGGCUGCUGGUAGAAAAUCUAUCAUCUGAAAAAGUAAGAUUUUUGACUAAAAGCACCAAUACGGAAUUUGAUAAUUAUGCAAGUGUGCUUUUUAUGAAUAAAAUAACAUUCAUUUUAAUAAAGAAGCAAA